AUGGCGCCCAGUGAGUUCACAGUAAACUCAGGUGGUCCAGUCUCCCCGAGCGCUGUGCACUCGAACUCUGUCCUUGCAACCUUGAAGUCGUCGAUACAAAACACGAAAGCAAAGCUCAGGGCUCUCCGGCCAACCAGGCUACCGAAGUUUACCAGACCAGGAACGAGAAGUAAGACGGUGGACGAGCGAGAGCGUCUUCAACGAACAGCACACCGACUUUCCGUCAUCGAAGAGCCUGCUACUGGCCCCAAUGCCUCCUCCUCAAGCGACGAACUGCGAAGCGACCCCGUAGCGUCUUCGUUCCUGUCCAACGGCUCCUAUUCCAAUCCUUCGCUGACAGCGCGCGACUUCGAAGUCGGCGGUACGCUUGGUCGUGGGAAAUUUGGGCGCGUGUACCUCGCCCGUCAUCUUGUGACCGAUUACGUGUGCGCUCUCAAGAUCAUAUCAAAGGCCCAGGCUACCACACAAGAAGAGGAGAAGUUUAUACGCCGCGAGCUAGAGAUCCACCAAAACCUUGCGCAUAAGAAUAUCUUGAAGCUACUGGCCUGGUUUCACGACGACGAAUCGAUAUAUCUUGUGCUUGAAUUUGCUCCCGGCGGCAGUCUUUACUCGAAGAUGAACAAGCAGCCCGAGGGCAAAUUCACAGAACACAAAACUGCCAUCUACAUCGCUCAACUCACAUCCGCACUGCGCUACAUGCACAACAAGAACAUCAUGCACCGCGACAUCAAGCAUGAGAAUAUACUACUUGGAUUCCACGGCGAUAUCAAGCUUGCUGACUUUGGAUACUCUAUACACUCAGAGUCAGGGUUCCGAUCAACGGUGUGCGGCACAUUAGAUUACCUAAGCCCUGAGGUUGCGGUCAUGACGCUCAAACCCGAGAUGAGCAGAGGAUGGUACACGAAGGCAAUCGAUCAUUGGAGUCUGGGCGUCUUGAUGUACGAGCUUCUUGUAGGUAAGCCGCCAUUCGAGAUGAAAGACGUGAAGAGCACACAGGAGAAGAUUGCGAAUUUUGAGGGCAAAGGUAUCAAGUUCCCAGGACAUGUCAGCGAGCGCGCGGAAGAGCUGAUUCGCGAGUUGCUCAACCUGGAUGCUGGGAAGCGGAUGAGUCUUGAUGAUGUUAUGACACACCCAUGGAUCGUUAGCCACGUCGCAAACUCGGUUCGGUCAGGCAUACGGCCAUUUGAUCAGCUGCUUCAGCAUGGUGCUUGA